UCUUCAGUGUUAUCGCUCUCCCCUCCCUAGCAGCGUUCAGUCGCGAGUUAUCUUUUCUUCCCGUUAACUGUGCGGCAGUUUUGUUGUAGCGUUAUGUCGCGGCAGCAGCGGUCAUACGUCUUGCCUUAGUGAGUAGGACCGUACCAAGUUCGGUGUAACCCGGUUCGGCAGGCCGCAGGUCCCCGGCUACGAGUGGAAUAGACAUGGCCCGGCCCGUGAUGCUGGUGCCCAGCUCGCACAAAGCGCUGCUGCUGGAGCUUAAGGGGCUGCAGGAGGAACCGGUGGAGGGCUUCAGAGUCACCCUUGUGGAUGAGGGGGACCUGUACAACUGGGAGGUGGCCAUAUUUGGUCCCCCCAACACCUUCUACGAGGGGGGUUACUUCAAGGCUCGCCUAAAAUUCCCAGUAGAUUAUCCAUACUCUCCACCUGCGUUCCGGUUCAUUACAAAAAUGUGGCAUCCAAACAUCUACGAGAAUGGAGAUGUGUGUAUUUCUAUCCUGCACCCUCCAGUAGAUGAUCCACAGAGUGGAGAACUCCCAUCUGAAAGAUGGAACCCUACACAAAACGUACGAACAAUUCUUCUUAGUGUCAUCUCUCUUCUGAAUGAGCCGAACACUUUUUCGCCAGCUAAUGUGGAUGCAUCUGUCAUGUACCGGAAAUGGAAGGACAGCAAGGGACGUGACAGAGAAUACACAGAUAUUAUCCGAAAACAAGUCCUUUCCACCAAGGCUGAUGCUGAGCAUGAUGGAGUCAAGGUUCCUACAACUUUGGCAGAAUACUGUGUGAAGACAAAGGCCCCCGCACCAGAUGAAGGGUCUGACUUGUUCUAUGAUGACUACUAUGAGGACGAUGAGAUGGAGGAAGAAGGGGACAGCUGUUUUGAAGACCAGGAUGAUUCAGGCAACGAGGAAUCAUGACGCAGCUUACAAUAUCCAAAGCCCUAAACACUUUCCCUCUCUCCUUGACAAUAAAACAGACGCUGUAUUUUCCACUUA